ACCUAACUUUGGUGGUCCUACAUGCACUGGAUUUCACUCCACUCUUCCUCUUCCUUAUCCUCGGGAGAGUACCUCUGCUACUAUGAAUUCCACUGAGUCACACUUACUUAAGUCGCCGGCCGUAGCUUCACUUCUCUGAGAAAUCAUCGGAAAUGCUCAAACCGGCGAUUCCUUCUGUCAUCCUCUGCCUCCUCUUCCUCAUCCUCUUCUCCGCCCAGUCUCCGCCGUCGAUCACCUCAGAAGCGUCCGAUUUCCGCUCCUUCAGAUGGCCCCCUCGCUUCGUCGGUCGGUUCGCGGCGGAGCCGAAACGCAAGGCCGAGCCGUACCGGUACGAGACUCGAUAUUUCGGGCAGCGUCUGGAUCACUUCAGCUUUUCUGACCUUCCUAAAUUUGAGCAACGGUACCUGAUCAACACAGAGCACUGGGUUGGACCGGAGCGUUUGGGCCCCAUCUUCUUCUACUGCGGCAACGAAGGCGACAUCGAUUGGUUCGCCAACAACACUGGCUUUGUUUGGGACAUCGCUCCUCGCUUUGGUGCUAUGGUGAUCUUUCCCGAACAUCGGUACUAUGGUAAAUCUUUGCCAUAUGGUAGUAGAGACGAGGCAUAUAAGAAUUCAACUACUUUAGCCCAUCUUACUGCAGAGCAAGCACUUGCAGAUUUUGCAGUAUUGCUCACUGACCUUAAAAGGAACUUGUCUGCUGAGGCUUGUCCGGUUGUAUUGUUUGGAGGAUCCUAUGGCGGAAUGUUGGCAUCAUGGAUGCGGCUCAAGUAUCCUCACAUUGCCAUUGGCGCUCUUGCAUCUUCAGCACCCAUUCUUCAGUUUGAAGAUAUUGUGCCCCCAGAAACAUUUUAUGACAUUGUCUCUUACAAUUUUAGACGUGAGAGCACGAGCUGUGUCGACACUAUAAAGAAGUCCUGGGAUGUCAUAAUAUCAGAGGGUCAGAAAAAUGAUGGCCUUCUGCAAUUGACUAGAACUUUCCACUUAUGUCAGGAUUUGAAAAGUACUGAAGAUCUUUCCGACUGGUUGUCCUCUGCUUAUAGCUUUUUGGCUAUGGUGAACUAUCCAUACCCAUCAGAAUUUCUAAUGCCUUUGCCUGGAAACCCAAUAAAAGAGGUGUGCAGAAAGAUUGACAGUUGCCCUAAUCCUAGUAAUGUUUUGGAGUGCAUAUUUGAAGGAGUAAGCAUCUAUUACAAUUAUACUGGUUCAAAGAAUUGCUUCAAGCUGGAUGAUGAUCCUCAUGGGAUGGAUGGUUGGAAUUGGCAGGCAUGCACCGAGAUGGUAAUGCCAAUAUCUAGUAGCCGAGACAAAAGCAUGUUCCCAGCAUAUGAUUACAAUUAUUCUGCUUUUCAAGAGGAGUGCUGGGCGAAUUUCAAUGUGGAAACAAGGCCAACGUGGAUAACAACUGAAUUUGGUGGACACGAUUUUAAGACUGCAUUGAGAAAUUUUGGAAGUAACAUCAUUUUCUCGAAUGGCAUGUUGGAUCCCUGGAGUGGUUACAGUGUUCUGCAGAAUGUAUCUGAAAGCAUCAUUGCUCUUGUUACCGAGGAAGGCGCCCAUCACCUAGACUUGCGAGCUUCAACAUCCGAGGAUCCGGAUUGGUUGGUAGAACAGAGGACAACUGAAAUCAAGUUGAUUGAGGACUGGAUAAGUCAGUAUUACCAAGAAAAGAAGGCAGUUUUCACCAUGUAGAGGUUAAUUGGAGUCUCGUUUUCCUACUCCUUUUUCGCCUUACCAAAUGGACAAUGAUGGACGAUAUUGGCUCGUUCUGCUUUUCAAGAAGAAUGCACAGUUGCUGUGCUUGAAGGAUAUCAGGAUGAAACCAUGGCCAAGAUGAAUAAGAACAGAAUUCUGUGUACAUGCAGGAGAAUAACAGCAUUGUGCGUUUAACAAUGCCUAGAAUUUUCUUUCAAACUUGUAUAGGGAUCUCAUUUCUUUUCUUGUUCCCCAAGCAUUUCUCUUUUCAAAUGUUCAAGAGAUCUUCAGUGUGUCAAAUGCCAUUGAUUCUCCCA